AUGUACCGGCGAGCUGUUUUUAGGAUUCCGCGUCCUCGCGUCGAUAUAUAUUCCACCGGCUUCCCCGCGCUCACUCCGACACGUUCCUCUCUACGGACAUUUCGCUCCUAUACGAUCCGUCUAGAUUCCGAAGAUGGGAAUGGUAAUGGCAAUGGAUCAGCCCUAACCUCCCCGGCCUUUGCGCCCAAGUUCGGUAAUCGGUGGGGUGGAAAAGCGAAACCAAUUACACUAAGCGCUGCAGAGCAGGCUCUACGCGACAAUAUACCGACUGGAAGAUUUGUGUCAAAAUGGGGCGCUAAACAGAGCUCGAACGGAUCUGGUCUCACUGCCGCUGAACAAACAUUACGUGAUGCCCUCGUCGCAAGGGAAAAGAACCCGACCCCGAAAGCUACUACUCCCCAAGCGCCCAGGCCAGGGAGAGAUUUGGAUUCAACGUUAACCCCUCGACAAGAAAGGAGAAAGGAAUUUCUCAGGAAAUCAGUAUCUCAACGGCAAGGCUGGGAGUGUGGAGAAUGCAAAGCCACUGUCUGGCGCAAGAACGACACAUGUCCUUUCUGCAAGACAAAGAAGCCGAAUGCGACCCAUGAACCGACUGUAUAUGAGACGAGGGUGAUGAAUUGGGAUUGCACAGAGUGCAACACAUAUAACAUGGCACGACGGACUGAAUGCAAAGGCUGUGGCGGCCCGCGGCCUGAUACAGCGCAUGCCCACCUGCAGAAACCACGCAGGAAUUCCGAGCAGUCUGAUAAGUUCCGAAAACUUGGCCAGACUAUUUUGGCCGAAGAAGAGCCAGCGAGACGCAACUCCACAACACAAAAUAAAGAUCGACAGAACGUUAAAAAGGAGCUUGAUUCUAGUGAAUCUAAUACAGUCAAGGCGAAACAAGACUCCGAGGCCCAGGCUACGAAGAAUAAAGAGGAUCUGUGGGCAUGGGACAUGUCUUCCCUGGAUAAGUUGGCAUCGCUAGAGGAAGAAGAACCAACGGUGCCUCAGAAGAAGCGCCGUGAUGGUCGAAAGCCGCUUCAAUCUGCAUCCCAGGAAACCGAUUUUGAUCCCGAGGAACACAAGCGCCGCCGUGAUGAGCGCAAACGCAACAAAAAGUCGAGACAAAAGGUUGAGGAAUCUGCUCCUGCGCCAUUAUAUCUUCCCGAAUUUAUUAGUGUCACCAAUUUGGCCGAUGUCAUUGGCGUCCGGACAAAUCAAUUCAUCCAGCGUAUGGAAGAGAUGGGAUUCGAUGAUGUUGGAUACAACCACGUCCUGGACGCCGAAACUGCUGGGUUGGUGGCUGCUGAGUUCAACUUUGAAGCAAUCUUCGAUACCGGAGUAGAUGAUUUGGAGGCUGCACCUGUGCGGGAGGACAGGUCUGGUCUACCAACUCGGCCGCCAGUUGUUACUAUCAUGGGUCAUGUCGAUCAUGGCAAGACAACGAUUCUGGACUGGCUGCGAAAGUCAUCCAUUGCGGCUGGCGAGCACGGAGGUAUCACUCAGCAUAUUGGUGCAUUCUCUGUAGCCAUGCCCUCUGGAAAAACCAUCACCUUCCUGGAUACACCCGGGCAUUCUGCAUUCUUGGAGAUGCGUCGUCGUGGUGCCGACGUGACAGAUAUCGUUGUUCUCGUGGUUGCGUCUGAUGACAGUGUCAAGCCACAAACCAUUGAAGCUAUCAAGCAUGCCACGCAAGCGAAUGUCCCAAUAAUCGUUGCCAUCAGUAAGAUAGACAAGGAGGGUCGUAAUCCGGAUAAAGUGAAACAGGACCUCUCAGUCCAUGGUGUUCAUGUCGAGGAUUAUGGUGGUGAUGUUCAGGCUAUUGGCGUGAGCGGUAAGACUGGACAGGGAAUGCUUGAACUUGAGGAGUCCAUCCUGGCCCUCUCGGACAUGCUUGAUAAUCGGGCGGAUGAUACAUGUAACGCAGAAGGUUGGGUGCUGGAAGCUACCACGAAGAGUUACGGACGAGUGGCCUCGGCACUUAUCCGUCACGGUACUCUGCGACCAGGCGAUGUCAUCGUCGCAGGUAAUACUUGGGCUCGCGUGCGCACACUUCGCAACGAAGCUGGUGUUGUCAUCAGCGAGGCCACCCCAGGUAUGCCGGUCGAAAUUGAUGGCUGGAAGGACCAGCCCACUGCCGGUUCCGAGAUCCUUCAAGCGCCUAAUGAGCAGAAGGCCAAGGACGUUGUCGACUACCGCAAAUCAAAGUCUGAUACACGAAAACUGAGUGAGGACAUGGUUGCCAUCAACGAGGCACGACGCGAGACAGAAAAGCGAAAGACUGAGGACCUAGACUCAGAUGAAGCAUCGGCCGCUCCUACCCAACCGACUGGCCCUCAAGCGGUUAAUUUCAUCAUAAAGGCCGAUGUGGACGGCUCGGCUGAGGCAGUGCUGAAUUCGGUUGCUGCCAUUGGUAACAAUGAGGUCUAUGCCAAUAUUAUCCGUUCAGGCGUUGGUCCCAUCACUGAAUUUGAUGUUGACCAUGCUGCAUCUUCUAAUGGAAGAAUCAUCUCAUUCAACAUGUCCAUCGAGCCCAAUAUGAGCCGCAUGGCUGAGCAAGAGGGUGUCAAGAUUAUGGACCACAAUAUCAUUUACAAACUCAUCGACGACGUCAAGGCAGUGAUGAGCGAACAGCUCGCACCUACAAUCACCCAGCGUGUCACUGGUGAAGCCGAAAUUCAACAAAUAUUUGAAAUCACUGUCAAGGGACGCCAGAAGAGUGCCAUUGCAGGAUGUCGUGUGCGCAACGGUCUGAUCAACAAGUCUAAGAAGGUCAGAGUUAUUCGCCGCAACGAAACGGUCUACGAUGGUCUGAUUACCUCUCUGAAAAACGUCAAGAAAGAUGUGACUGAGAUGCGCAAAGACACUGAAUGCGGUAUCAACUUUGAAAAUUGGGAUGGCUUUGCAGUUGGCGACCAUGUCCAGUGCUAUGAAGAAAUUCAUGAGCAGCGCUCUCUGUAG